AUGGCUGUUAAAGAUCGACCUCAAGUGAGCCAGCUUCAUCCUGGCUUAAAUGAGCGGGGCGAAAAGUCCGAGGCGAGAUGGCACAGCUCCAAGCUAUUUGUUUAG